UUCACAGCGGGAGGAAUUUCGCGUGUUUCAGUGACGCAUUGUGGCAACAUGCAGACUCGGGCUGUGCGCGACGGGCUUAUAGCUUAAACGUAUAACAUUGCACUAAGUGUACUCGUGGUAAGUUUCAGAACUCAAAAAGAUGCAGCGACGCGAUUGAUCGGUCCUGCCCAUCGACCUCUGCGGACUUGACCCUCGGUCAGGGUCCCCUGCUGCGAGGCAGGACAGGAAACCGACACGCCGACGCGGCUGCACGUGGUGGCUGUGAAGAGUGGGAUACGAUCACGCUUCGAUUUUCAGUUAUGGCUGGCAGCGUGGCACCCAGCAUUUUAGCAUGGACUGGCUUGAACAAGCUGUUUGCUUUUUGUCGACAAACCCGCCUGGGACAAACCCGCCUGGCGCCUGCAGUCGCGCUCUAUGCGGCGCCUUGUAUUGGCUUAUCCAACAGUAAUAGUUAAAUGUCAUAUAGAAGUUGUAGCUCCCCUGUCCACCGUCAGCGCCGGCGUUGUCUCGUUUCUGCAGUGCGGUUCGUUAACUGCCAUCUGACGCCGAGGCUGGAGCCGUAACGACGCGCGUUCAGAAAGAUACUUGGGGCCAGGACUUACGUACCACGUCACUAGAGCUAUACUAGCUAUCUGAAGUGCGUCUUCAAAGGUCUGGCAUUCCAAAACGCAGCCCGACUUGACUGAGACUGUUCGCUGACACGACCAGCUGUGGAAGUCUUGAGAUGGCAUAAGGAACCUAUGCAAGGCGUACUGCAUUGACGGCGAAGGUCGUCGCGACAAUGAACUCUCCAAAAGAAGUCUGGCUGGACCUCAGCCAACUGCGGUUCAUUCAGCAGAUUGGCGCUGGUGGCUUUGCGGUCGUAUGGCUGGCAGAGUGCUUGGGCACGCGGGUGGCUGUCAAAAUCUUUUGCCCGGCGCCACGGUAUGGUCGCUCGGCCCCCUUCUUCGAAGCCAUGUUCCUGCGGGAGGCGGCGCUUUGUGCCAAGCAAUCCCACAGCAACCUGGUCGCCUACCGCGGCUUGGCACGGCUGCGGCCCGGCACCCUGCCCGGCCUGGCCUCGUCCUCCUGGGCCAUCCUGUCCGACUUCUGCGAUGGCGGCUCGCUGCGGGACCUGCUUGUCGGGCGGGUGCCUGCCACCCUGCUGCCGCCACCGCAGCAGCAGCAGCAGCAGCAGCAGCAGCAGCAGCAGCAGCAGGGGCAGCAGGUGCAGGGGCCGUUCCAGGCCUACACCGAGCAACAGGCGCUGACGUGGCUGCUGGACGUGGCGGCGGCGCUGGCGUUCCUGCACGGCUCCAGCCCCACCGUGAUCCACCGGGACGUCAAGGCCGAGAACGUGCUGCUGCAGUCCGAGGCGGCGGCAGGGCCUGCUGGGGGAGCAGGAGCAGCAGCAGGCGGAGGCGGAGGCGCAGGAGGGGGCGGGCGGCUGGUGGCCAAGCUGGCAGACCUGGGGCUGCAUGUGCAAGUGGACCCCUCGCGGCCGGUCAUGCUGCGAGCCAAGCAGUCCGCGGUCGCGCUGCCGUCAGAGGAAGCGGGGACACCGGAGGUUGCUGGGCUUGCGGCUGCUGCUGGGCACGGCGGCGAGUGCCAGUGUGACUCCUCGCCCGACCCACAUGGAGGCGUGGGCGCAGGGGUUCAGCAGCGUGGCGAGCGGGGCUCCCAGCAGCACCCCAGCCAGCCGUGCCAGCAGCCGCAUCACCACAACCACCAUCACCACGACCGUCAGUCACACGGCUCGCGGCCCGCAUCGGUGGCUUUUAUCGGCAUCGGCCAUCACGGACAGGACAGCAGCUGUAGCGGCAGUAGCAGCUCGGGUGAUGCGGGUGAUGCCGUUGAAGGUCUGGCGGGGAUGGGGGAAGGAGAGGAGGUGGGCAUGGCUGGAUGGUAUGAUUGCAGUGCGGACGACUUUCCCGUUGAACCGCAAUCGAACCUGGCCGCGACUAAAGCAGUGGCAGCGCCGCAGGCUGCCGAGCAGGGGGUUGCACCGCAGCCGAUCGCGGCUGCUGCGGCGGCGGCCACAUUGCAGAACCAGCAACGACAGCCGCCGCCGCAGCAGCAGCAGCAGGAGCAGCCACACGAGCCGCACAUGAUGCGACAGAGCGAGCCGCAAAUGCACUUGCGCUCCUCCUACGGGCCCCACCUUGUUCCAUCAUCAACAGCUGCCCUGCCGCAUAACAGCCGUCUGCCCGUGCGCGUCAUUUCCAGCCGUUCCAUCGGACAGCAGCCGCCGCAGCUUACUACUGCCGCCGCUGGUUGCGCCGUCGCCCCAGCUUCCGCGGCCGCCGCAGGCGUCGCCGCCGCCGCUGCCACGUGUAACAGCGGCAGCGACGCAGUAAGGCCCGAGGAGCAGGACGAGGCAGCGGCGGCGGUGGAGAGCGCCGCUGCUGCUGCUGGUUCGGAGAAGGAGGCGGUGGCAAUGGCGUCAGGCGUCUCUGGUGCAUCUGGAGCAGAGCAGGGCCACCCGUAUGGGCACGGGCACAAGCCAACCCUUGGCACGGCCCCACGCUCUGCUGCUUUGCUGUCGUCGGGUGCGCCAGUGCUUAUUAGCGCGUUCGCUGCCGCUGCCACCUCCUGCGCACCCAGCUCCUCCGGAGCCGUAGCUGUAGCUGCAGCUGCCAGCCCAACUGCUAGCGGUUCAGCCGAGGCACCCCGCCUAUCGCCCAUCUCAUCGCCGCAAUGGGCAACCCACCACCACCAGCAGCAGCAGCAGCAGCGUCAGACUCACAUGGUCAGCGGCGGCAGUGGCACUGGCGGCGGCAGCCGCGGGCCUAGCGGCAGCAGCACGCUGCAGCAGCUGCCGGCUGCCGGUGGCGCCGCCGCGGCUCGUGGCCCUCACAACAGCACCCGCAUGGCGGCUGGCGCCGCCGCGCUCAUCUUCGCGCCAGGCCGCAUGUCGACUGCUGGCAGUUCUGUGGGUCGGGAGAAGUCGAGUGCGUUGCCGGACAUUGCCGAGUCAGAGAGCAGCAUAGUGAUGGCAGCCACGGGCGCCGCUGGAGGCUCUGCAGCCACGGCAGCAGCGGCUAGCUUUGGCGAUAGACUUGAGAAGCUGUCGGAGGCUUCAAUCGGCAGCAGUGUUGCUGGCGAUGGCUCCGCCAGUGGUGCAGGUUGCGGUGGUAGUGGCGGCGGCGACCUGUUGGCGCCGCAAGCGCGGGUGCUGCAGGGAGCAGCGGCGGGGCUCGGGGCGCCUGCCGAUGCGCCUGCCGGUGAUGCUCCACGACUGCAGACGGCAUUUAGCUGUCCUGCCUACACGGCUUCGCUAGCUGUUCCAGGUCGGCAGCUGCUUGCAGCUGCUUCCAAGGAUGCGGUGGCGUCGGCAGCGGCCGCCAUGCCGGCUGCGGCAGACGGCGGCGGCAGCCAAGUGACAGACAGCAGCGGCGACCGCCCGAGGAGCCUGUCGCAGAGUGCCCGGCGCGGCGGCGGCAAACGCACACUUGACGGCAUGGCUGCUGGCAGUGGCGGCGGCGGCGGCGGCAAGAUGCGUGUUAGCUGGGCGGGCGAGUUGGCAGGCAGCACCUACAACAAGGCGCCGCCGGUGCUACAACUGGAGGAGCGGGGAGGAGGCGGUGUAGGCAGAGACGUGCUGCCGAACGGCGCCUCGGCCGUGGUAGCGGCUGCAGAAGAGAAGGGCCCGAGGGGACAGGGGGAGGCACAGCAAGGAUCGCACAGCCGCGCGCUUGCGUUUGCGCAGCAACCGCGGGCUCCGCAGAGCUUGGAAUCCAGCGUGUUUGCUGAUGGACCCCACGACGCGGCCGGUUGGUGUGAGGCGGCCCUGCACGAGAUGCAGGAGCAGCAGGAGCAGCAGCGACAGGAGCCGCCGCUGAUUGUGAUGCUGGUGCAGCCGUCAGGCACGCUGCGACCAAAAGCCGGUGGCGCAGGUGGCGGUGCCGGCGGUGCGGCGGGUGGCGGCGGCGGCGGCGGCGGCGCGGCACACUCGCGGCCGGGGUCCAACGCGAGUAUGGUGUCUCUGGGCAUACUGCACCAGAACUCGCUUCUGACGCUGUUUAGCGGUGAGGCUGCUACAGCCGCUGCCGCCAGCGUCGAUGCUACAGCCGUGCCCUUCGGCCUCCAGUCGCCCACGGCGAUGCCGCCGCCGCACCCUGCUGACGUGUCAAGGAGCGGCGGCGCCGCCGGCCGCGGCUUUGGCGGCCUUGCCGCUGGCAGUAGCGCCGCGUUCGGGGCGGCCGGGCUGACUGGCGGGUCGUGCUACAGCCGCCGCACGGCCGACGGCAGUAGCUUCAGCAGCCGCCAGCUGCCGACGGCAUCCGGGGUUGCAGCCGCAGCGGCUGUGGCAGGCGCUGGUGGUGCCGGGCGGCGUGGGGGCGUGGGCGGCGGCCGCAGCGCACACGGCAGCCGGCAUGGCAGCAGCAGCCGGCAGGUUACGAGUGGUUCGAAUAACGCGCUUCACACGCGCUUCGGCAGCGUCUCCGUCGACGGCGUUGCGGGCACCAGCCACGGCCAGCAGGCUUCGCUCUCGUCUUGGCAACGGCACCAGCAGCAACAGCAAUCUGCCGGCAGUAGCUUUCCGCAGCUGGCGGCGUCAGGCGUGAUGACCGCAGCCGGCGAUGCCAGGCAGGGCGAUGCGAAGGAGGGCGGCCGUGGCGGCGACAUGGCCGCGGCCGACUCUGGCCGCGGCAGUACCCUGCUGGCUGCUGGUGGUGGUAGCGGGCUGCAGCCGAGUGAUGAUGGACAGGCGGCAGCAGCAGCAGCGGACGCGCUGGGCACGGGUCCCCAGUCAGGUGCCACCGCCGCCGGCGCUAACUUCCGCCGCCCGAGCCGCUUCGCAGCGGAAUCGCCGCUGCCGGCGGCGGCGUUCCACGGCAGCGCUAUCGCCAGCGGCGGCCAGCGGCGCAGCAGCGAGCGACAGCAGCCGUUUGCCACGUCGCCGCCGACGCCUGCUGGCGGAGGCGCCGCGUCGCUGCCGCUGCCGCUGCCUGUCCUCCCCAUGGCAAGCCAGCCCAACAGCCGCCGUCAACCACAAUGCCACCGUUGGCCUAGCAUUGCUGGAUUCCUCUCAGCCUCUGGCGCUGCCGGUGGCGGUGCUGCUAGCGGCAGCUGCAAUGGCGGCGGUGGGGCCAUCGUGCUCGGCGGCAGCCGCGCCGCUUCGCGCCGCUCCCUGGUAGUCACGAGUCGGCACCAGUCGGUGGAUGGUAACGCGCGGCCGCCCUCCCAGAAGGCUGUAGCAGCGGCAGCAGGGGCGGCGGAUGGGGAUGGCAGUAGCUUCAGCAGCCACAUGCGCCGCCUGGGCAGCAUCACGGAGCUGCUGGGGGCGCCGGCGGGCGGCAAGCUGCCGGAGCACGAGGCGUUCGACUGGGUGUACGGCCUCACGGGGCAGGCGGGCAGCUGCAUGUACAUGGCUCCGGAGGUGUACCUGCGCCAGCCCUACAACGAGAAGUGCGACGUGUUCAGCUUCGGAGUCUUGGCCUACGAGAUGCUCACUGGGCAGCUGCUGAUCCAAGCGUUCUUUGGGAGAGGCGGCAGUGGAGGAGGAGCCGGCAUGCAAUGGGCCAUGCAAAAGCCCGCGGACUACGCCCGGAUGGUGUCGGAGGGCUUCCGGCCCCCGCGGCCGCACCAUCUCAGCGACGCGCAGUGGGAGCUGGUGUGCCGCUGCUGGCACCAGGACCCCUGCGAGCGGCCGCCCAUGGCCGAGGUGGCGGCGGCGCUAAAUCACAUGAUUAGCGAGCUCAUCGAGGCCUCGGCGUCAGAGCGGCUGGUUGCGGAGACUCUGACGGCGGCCGCGGCUUCGGGUCGGUGGGGCCGUGCAGCCAAAUCCACUGCCGCGAAUGGCCGCACCUCGCGUGCCACACCGGCGCGGCAGUCUGGGGGGCAGACUGCCCGGGACCCUCACUCCAGCUCUGGCGGCAGCGGCGCGGCAGCGGGCACAGCAGGUGUGGCCGGAUCCCCCACGCCGCGGAAGGAGUCAACGGCUCUAGACGGCUCGGGCACUCCCGCGUGCGGAUGUGGGUGCGUAAUUUGCUAGCAAACACAGAGGCAAAGAUUAGAGGUGUGUUAGCCAGCAGAUUAAUGUAGGGGUGUCGCUGCAUUGGACAGGGUGCACGCGAGAGGCUUGUAUGUGGGCACCGGAAGCUGUGUUAAGGCAGCGACGAGGCAUGCAAUGAAUUAAUGCAAAUGCUAAUGUGCUGGCACGCGGUAGGGUUAGUUGCGACUGGUGUGUGCAUGUGAGCUCGACCUGGGUUGCUGCAGCCAGGAGAAUAAUAGCUCUAUCUGCGCUGCAGACUACCUGCGCUGCAGACGACGCAGCGCAAGCUGUACGCUUCACUUGCGCAAGGAGCUAUUUGAAUUUGGUGCAAUGUGCGCGUAUGUGUGCCUAGCGCCGUCCAAGUCGCCGCAUGUGGCAGGGCUGUUGGAUGCGGCUUGUUGGUGCAGCUUGGGCCGCCGCAUGUUGUCCGACACGGGGUGCGAGUGACGGGAGUGACGAGCCAAAUGCGGAAGACAGCUGUUGCAUAAAAAUGGUAUGGAGCAAGAAUAUAUUAAUGCUGGGCUGCUGUGGACUGUGGCACACAAGGGCGCGCGCCGUGCUGUGCGCAUUUAUGUCUUGCAUUGCGUGAUACCUUUUGACGUGUCGUUGGGUGUGCACCAACGUAAGAGGGCCCGCCGUGGUCCCGCAGGACCCUGCCACAUGCACAGCACCCACCGGUGCCGAACGCACGGCAACAGGGAGGAGGGGACAUACAUGACCACAAGCCUACUCCAUCACUCAUGCAAGGACCCUAUCGUGCAUGCAGUGUGUUCUCGAUGUGUACGUUAUCAGUGAUGUAUGAUGGUAUAGCACUACAGCAGAAGCUCGUUGUGAUUGAUUGUGCGCCGAGGGAUGCAGAAGGUCAACCGCAUUACGCCUGCUGUGUUUGGUUGCUUGUCACGAAAGCUUUGCUUGGAUGGAAGCAGCUGGCUGGUCCCCACGCGGCCAUGACAGCUGCACGUGUAAGUGCCCCGCCAGUGCUGUGUUAGCGCUCAUGCGGAGCGGGCGUCUGGCUUUAGAUUCUCCUGUGCUGUUACGAGUGUUUCAGUGGCGCAGCUGGCCCAUGCAUGCCGCACUGCCACUGCACACACGCAUCCUUGGGGAGAUACGGUAGAUGUUACUCGAUUGCCGUAUGUACUGACGUACAGGAAUGCCUUGGAGCACCUCUGUUGGGUAGCCCCCCAGGCCAUGCUUGCAUAACUAAGCGUCUGUCUCGCGCAUGAAGCACAACGCUGUGCUCAUUCUGUGCGGCUUUGAUCUUGGAGAAAGCGGACCUGGAUGCCUGGAUGUGCAAGAGGAGGAUGGGCUCGCUUGUCUCUUGCGCUCAAUACGUAUGAUUGCUGGUGUCCGCUGUGGUAUUUUUGUAUGGCUGGCUGGGUUGAUAACGACCCGGGAUCAGCCCUUUUCCUGCCAUAAGGCAGCCACCUCCUUGUUGUAUUCUCCUAAUAUAAGUAUUCUGUUAGAUUUGCAUGCCUGCUCGGUGCAUCGCAAGUAAGGUAGCUAGCAGGGAAGGCACAGGGGUGCGUGACUAGCAUGCAUGCAGUGCGGGACUGUAGCAGGAACGCUGGAAAGGACUUGAUGAGUAGCCCCUAGAUUGAUUUGGCGUUUCCAUGGGGUUGUGAAUAUUUGCCCACCCACAGGGGCUUGCAACUUGCUUGCAGAAUGUUGAUGGAAUGGUAGCGGUCCGGGCGUGUGCAUACUCAUGGACCUGCCUAGGCUCACCAGUAUAUUCCGCUGGGCUUGUCCUCGGCGCCGAGGCCUGGGGUCGACGGCGCAAGCCAAGCUGUCAGGCACGGGCGUGUAUGAGAGGUGCAGGGUGGAGUCGUGUAGGGCCUAGCGUGCGUGUCAGUGGCCGCAUGCCGUACCGUACAGCAGCAGUCUUGAUGAUGGUGGCUGAUGUCGUGGUGCUGUUGAUUGCGUUGUGGGGAUAAGGGGGAAUAACCCGAGUGUGCAAGCACGCAGGACGGGGCCAUCGACGCCAUGCUCCCGGUCAGAAGGCAAUCCGGCGGCCGCGCCACCCCUGGGGGCCAAGGUCCGCGGUCUGCCUGUGCAUUCCUGCAGUACGGUAUCAUGAUUUUUUUUCCGUGUUUCGCAGCCCCGACAACUGGUCACGCCAGUAGCCGUAGCCGUGUGGCAGCUGCUGUCCCCUGCGGCCCAGCCGCGAAUAACGUUCGUUUCGUUUCUCCGCACUCCGAUUGGCUCCGCGCCGACACUAGCCUGCCUUGCACGUGUUUCGCGCUGGCCGCGCUUUCCAAGGAAUAUCGGAGUUUAUCGCAGCUGGACAGUACCUGACUACUGUGACAAGGAAAAGGGCAGGGCAACGCGGCGUACAAAGCCAGUCAGCGCAAGCCGUGGGCCCCACCGUCAAUGCAUGGCGUUUACCGCCGAUUACGAGGUACCAUGUGAAUUCGCAACUUGCGCUUAUGACUGCCUGCUCUCGUGCCGCCUGCAAGCCCACUCCGCCUUCCGCUCUGGUCUACGUACGCAUUAGUUCCGCAACGCAUGUCAAUAAGCCGUAGUGCGGGCGCGUGGGCCUGUGCGUGGCUGCGUGGGCAUGAUUGCGGAUGUUACAGAGGGGACCAAGGAGGGGCACCCAAAGACGCCGAGCCAUCACAUGCUAUCAG